AUGCAUGUCUUGCUUCAAUCGGAGAGGCAAGUUGAACGUCCUUCUGUGGCAACCAUAGAAAAUAUGUAUACUGCUAUACAAAUAGGCGUCAUUGAGGUGAUUGACCAUUACAAUUUGGCACCACAAUAUGUGCGUCGUUUCACGGUUACUAAAUACCAUGGUGCAACUUUUAAAAUUCCAAACCUAGAAAAGUCGUUGCCUACAAAUGAGGUCAUUUCUCAAUUGCAAACAACUGUUGUCGAAUCAUUGUUGUCUCCAUCAUCUGCAUCAACGGAUGACUUACGUAAUGUCAAAGAUGAGGGUUUCAGUGCUUCUAUUUCGGAAUUAAAUCAUACGGAAUGUAAAGAUGAUGAUGUUGGUUUAUUUCCAAUUCAAACAAAUGUUGUUGAAUCAGUGUCACCUAAAUCAUCAACAACAACAAUAAUGGUCGUUUGUGAUAAUCAUCAGGUUGAUGUUUCUGACAAGCUUAUUUAUAAAGAUGCUUCUGGUAAUCUGAAAGAUGAUGCUAUUGUGGCAGCUAUGUUUGAGGUUGCUUCUAAUACUAAUGGAAAUGAUGGUGUUACAAAAAGUGUAUCUGAUGAAAAGGAUGUGGAAGAUAGUGACAGAUGUGACGAUGUUGGUGGCGAUACUAUUGAAGAUGAUAUUUCUAAGACACCUAUCUCCAUAUGUGGUUUACAGGAUGGUGCAGAAAGUGAAGUUGGUGAUGAUACUAUUGAAGAUGAUAUGUCUAAGACACCUAUCCCCAUAUGUGGAAUAGAAGAUGGUGGAGAAAGUGAAGAUGUUUGUGUUGUUAUUGAAGUUGAUUCUUCUGAAAAAUCGUUUAUCGGAUCCUCAAUAACACCAAUGAAGCGUCGACUUCCACGACUGUGUGACGAGUCUUCGGAAGAUGAUAAUGUUGGUUGA